UUAAUAGUAUUAAAUUAUACUGAGAGAAGGAGGAAGUGAGUCGUCUAAAGUGAUUGCAUUGGAAAUAAAGAGUGGUCAACUACCAUUUUGAUAACCCCCGUUGAAGAUGGCCUGAACAGGGGUCUCCGUCGAGGACUUGGCUUCAUGGCCAUCAUUUUCUUUUGAUUGCCCAUGCUUUUUUGUAUCAUUUCCACAAAUUUUAAGGAAUCACGCUGUAGUUUUUGAAGCCGUUCAUCUUGAUUCUUGCUGGUUAUGGUGAUAAUUGUUUAGGUUUGCACCUACCCACCGGAGAAAAUCCCAAAUAGAAUGAAGAAUAAUAGUUACUUAUAGACGACUGCAAUGAGUAUCCGAGUUUGACUUCUCCAUUAUUUUGUUCUAACCACGAAACGACGGCGUGGUUAGCUUUCGUACCAAUAAUGCUUGCUUUCACUCGGCGAUGAUGCACACACUUAUAUCAAUACUUCUCUUUAAUUUAGUAUUUGUAGCAGUGUCAGUCCUUGGCGCUGAUAGUUAUAGCAGACAGGAUUUUCCUUCUGGUUUUAUUUUUGGUUCUGGCACUUCUGCUUAUCAGGUGGAAGGAGCAGCUGGCGAGGAUGGUAGAACUCCCAGUGUAUGGGAUACUUUUGCUCAUCAGGGAUUUUUGAAUGGUGACACUGGAGAUGUAGCAGCGGACGGAUAUCACAAAUACAAGGAAGAUGUUCAACUUAUGGUUGAAACUGGUUUGGAUGCAUAUAGAUUUUCAAUCUCAUGGCCCAGACUCAUCCCCAAUGGAAGAGGCCCUGUCAAUCCAAAGGGUUUACAGUAUUACAACAAUCUCAUCAAUGAGCUUAUUCGUCAUGGCAUCCAACCACAUGUCACGCUAUUCCAUUAUGAUCACCCGCAGGUACUUGAAGAUGAGUAUGGUGGAUGGAUUAGCCGAAAAAUAGUGAAAGAUUUUACAGAUUAUGCAGAUGUUUGUUUCAGAGAGUUUGGGGAUAGGGUCUCAUACUGGACUACUCUGAACGAGCCUAAUGUGUAUCUGAUGGCUGGUUAUGACCUAGGAAUGUUUCCGCCCAGGCGUUGCUCUCCUCCAUUUGGAUUCAACUGCACCAAAGGCAACUCCUCAACAGAACCAUACUUGGUUGCUUAUCAUAUCUUGAUGGCACAUACUUCAGCUGUGAGACUGUACAGGGAGAAGUAUCAGCGCAAGCAGCUUGGAUUUGUUGGGAUAAAUCUGUUUGGGUAUGGAUUUGUUCCUUUAACAAACUCAACAGAAGAUGUGCUUGCAACUCAGAGAGUCAAAGAUUUCUAUGUUGGCUUGUUUAUGAAUCCUUUAGUGUUUGGAGACUAUCCUGAAACAGUAAAAAGAAACGCAGGCUCAAGAAUACCAUCCUUCUCCAACUACGAAUCCGAACAGGUUAAGGGUUCAUUUGACUUUGUUGGUGUAAAUUACUAUUCGACGGUAACAAUCAAAGACAACUCCGACGUCUUGAAAUCUGAACAUAGAGAUUUUAUGGAUGAUAUGGCUAUAGAGAUGUCAUUUGGGAUGACUACAUCACCACCAGAGUCACCCGUCAGGUCUUGGGGUCUGCAAUUAGUACUGGAAGACUUCAAGCAAGCUUAUGGAAACCCACCUAUUUACAUUCAUGAAAAUGGUCAGAUGACCCCCCGAAAUUCGUCACUGGAAGACAUUUCUAGGGUGAAAUGUCUUCAUUCAAACAUUGGGAGUCUACUUGAUGCUGUCAGGAAUGGAUCAAAUGCAAGAGGGUAUAUUACAUGGUCUUUCUUGGAUGUAUUCGAGUUAAUAGAUGGCUACAAUUCAAGCUACGGCUUGUAUUACGUAGAUCGAGAUGAUCUUGAACUGAAGAGAUACCCUAAGCUCUCUGCACACUGGUUUUCUCACUUUUUGAAAGGAGGAAAUGUCAAUUCUGAUCAAAUUAUCCAACUUGCCACAAGUUUUUCACCUGUAUCUGCUAAUCACUUCUUUCAGCAGAUUUCAUAAUUCAUAUUCAAGUAUUCAUUUUAACUUUUGAACUAUGAAGCACCAACACUUCUUGGAGGUUCCGUAUGCAGGAGAGACGCAUGGACACGUAUGGGACAUGGAAAAUUAAGUGUCCCAACAGAUUCUACGGUUGACAGGGAGGACACGUGGGGGGCAUCCCAGGGAAGACACCUUGUUAUUGGAGUUGAUUGUAAUAAAUUAAACUUCUUAUUUUACUUAUAUUAUAUGAUAAUUAAUAUUAUUUACAUAAUAUGUAUAUUUAUUGUAUGGAUAUAUAAAUAAUGUGCAGUGUC